CGGACAAUAAAUGCGUUGCACACGGAAGUACAGAGGUUGCCAUUUAGGAGCAAAACAGUUUACUCCACGAAGUCCAUUAUUUCCGUAGUUUCUCUCGGUAUUUUAAACAUAGACGAUCUAUUUUGCAUGUGACAUCACGAAAAAGUAUUGACAAGUGCAUUCACCAUCUACUUGUACUAAUCUGCGUUUGCUGGCAAUUCGGCGUGGCUGAUUUUGUGAGCUUGUUAUAAUGAACGUUGACACAUCGCAGCCCGUGACCACUGGAGGAACAGCAUCGAAUUCGUCUACAUCGAGCAACAGCAGCAACUGUAUCACACUUACAAACAAUGCAGCAGCAAACGUCAGCAGUAUACCUUCUAUCGGAACUAGUAAUAUUCCAACCUCUGCUGCCAUGGCGACCCCAUCCUCUGACGCAUCGGUGUCAAACGGAGUGUACAUGCCGGGUAUCGCCAACGGAGACGUGAAGCCGGCCAUUUCCACCACGCCCCUGGCCGACUUCCUGAUGCAGUUGGAGGACUACACACCCACGAUCCCAGAUGCAGUGACGGGUUACUACCUCAACCGCGCUGGAUUUGAGGCCUCAGACCCUAGAAUAAUCCGUCUCGUCUCACUGGCUGCCCAGAAGUUCAUCUCAGAUAUCGCUAACGAUGCGCUCCAGCACUGCAAGAUGAAGGGAACUGCUUCAGGAAGCUCCAGGAAUAAGACUAAGGAUAAGAAAUACACCCUGACCAUGGAGGACCUGGCUCCUGCUCUGUCUGAGUAUGGCAUCAAUGUGAAGAAGCCCCACUAUUUCACAUAGUCCCCUCACUGAGAGCUCCAACAUGCACGCACGCACACACACACAUUCGCGCGCACACACACACACACACACACGCACGCGCACACGUACACGUACACGCACUCGCACUCGCACUCGCACUCGCACAAAUACAUACACACACAUACAUACACACAGGAUGUGGAGCUGUCUUGCAUUUGUUCAUUUAGCAUUUUUUAUAUCCUUGUAGCAUGUUGUCAUUGUGUUCAUUUAUGCGUUUCUGAUGUUUUAUUGACCUCAAUAAAAUCUUCCAAAGUAAA